AAGUUGCAUACCCUUUUCUUGGAACCUUAUGUAACCGUGUUAGUACCUUCAACUACCUACUCUACCCCAAAUAACUGUAAUACCCUUGACUAUCCAGUGACGAAAGUUUAGACCAGGUUUGUUUCACCUCUUUCUAAUCGCUAAUUUCAACUGCAUGUAACACAUUCCAAAACGCAUUUGUUAGCCAAACUUCUAAAAUAUCUAGACAACAGUUAAUGAACGACAAUGAUUAUGCCGACAACGUGGCUUUGGCAGGAGAUUGGAAUGUGUUAAAAGGCAGAACGCUUGUAGAGCAUUGUCAUUUCACUAAAGUCAUGUAAUCGACCUUGAUUCUUGAUGACUUACAAAUCAGGACCAUAUAUGCACGGCAAGUUCAGAAACAUACGCUUUCUAGUGAUCUAAAGCCUACUAACACUUGCACAACAUUACAAAUACACACACAAAUCACUCCUUGUUAAUAUUCUCAUCCGAAAUGUACGCGAUAUAUUUUUGCAUAUUGGACUGAAUUAUAACAAAGUGUGCACACCCAAUACUACACCAACUCUAAAUGUACAUUCUCUGCCAUUGCCAGUUAUAUACGUCAAGUUUUCGUAGCGGUAUUAACAAUUACCUUUCGUUCACAAGAAGGCUAUUAGUGACAUAUGAAACUAAUAGCAAGCACUAUAAGGCAGAAAAUGUAAAUUUGGCGUUUAUUUUUUAAAUGUCAAAAUCAUAUAUGUAAAGUUUAGACGUUAAACUUAAAAGUUUAGAUGUUAACGCGCAUAUUAAUAUGGAAUUUUGUUAUAGUUGGCCUUAAACAUGCGCACGCACAAUCAGUUUAUCAAUUUUGGUAUGUUUAUGCGAAUCUUCAAUGUGGUAUGUUUGAUACUGCUACUUGCCCACUGGGCGGGGUGUCUGCAGUUUUUUGUGCCGAUGCUACAAGGUUUUCAACCAGAUUCAUGGGUUGCAAUAAAUGAACUACAGGUAACUGAAAAAACAAUGUCACCUGGGUUCCCUCUUCCUGUUGCCAGCUGUCACGACAGCGUGCUCGACUUCUACCAUUGCAGCACAGCUUAUAUCAGUAACAUGUUCCUAUGCAGUUCACUCACACACACGUGUACCAGUUACCAAUCAGAAUAUUUUUCACAGACUGUCUAUUUGGUUGUCUGUUCUAGUAGAAACCAAUCAAAUUGGAAAAUUUACAUGGCAUCAGAUACACAGACGUGA